GAGCUAAUUGAAGGUUCUUUUUUACAAUGUACUAAUAAUCUCCAUCUCGUCUAUCAUGCACAUUACCCUUACCACACCAUUACCAUUGACAUUUACCAUCUUUCAAAAUCACAAACAAUAUCAUAGACAUUUCUCAUCAUUCGUCUCCAUUGUAACCAUCCUCACCUUCCUCGUUGCCAUCUUCCUCAACUACAGAUCAGAUUACAAAGAUCUCAUUGACUGCUAUGAGUCUGUCUAUGUUGUGAUCAUGAACCAACAGAAUGAGCCGCUUCUUACUGUUCACGAUCUCCUAGCACGCGAGGUGCCAAGCCUACGACGUGCCAAUCUACCAUUGAUUCACCGGGCUAUCACCUAUGUCGUCGCUGUCCGUGAAUUGAUGGUGCGUUUCUAUAUAGACGAGCCGGUGUACCUUUUAAUAAAGUGGAAUCACACAUUCGAUGGGGAUAUCAAGCCUUCUUUUUGGCAGGCAUUAGCAACAAUUUUGCUUACCCAGCAAAUUCUUGCUCAAUCAUUUUUGCUAUUUGCAUGCAGAUUCUUCAUGCAUAUCAUUAUCUGCAUUCCGAUCCUCUUUAUACCCACAUCAUAUAAACAAGGCUACGAGAAUAUUUCAUACUUUUGCUCGUGGAUUUUCACUAUCGCUCUGUUGCCAUGUAGUGUCUGUGCCACGAGGGAGGAAUGGAGGCUCUUGGUGGAGGAUAUAGAGGGCGCGAUAGAGGAUGUUGCCAACGGAGAUUAAUAGCAAGAUGGAAUUAAAUACAAUUCUUCUUCUUUUAAUCUAUUUUCAUCACGGCCGAUUGACUUACA